UAACUGUCAUGUGGGCAUCCUCAUCUAUGGAUAUUGCUGUACAAGAGAAAUCAUGCGCCUGCUUUUUCGCAGGAAAAUUUUCACAAUUCAAGUUUAUGUUAGGAAAUAAUGAUGAGCUACAACAAUAUAAACCAACAAUCAAUUGCGUUGACUGA